ACCCGAGGUUAACCUCGAAACCUUCUCUUUCUCGGAGUUGCCCUCCCAGCCGCCGCCCCUUUCUCUCCCUUUCUCGGCUCAUACGCUCUGCCGGCAGCCCCUCUCUCUUCUUUUCUCUCUAUGGCUUCGGACAAAACCACCCCCUCACCUACCCCCCACCUUGCCUUCACCAUAAUUUCUAACGUCAAACUCCAAGUUCCUAUUACCCUUAGUUUCUCGGAGCCGAACUUCAAAAAAUGGAGCCACCUUUUCCUCCUCUUGAUUCGACGUUUCAACCUUGAAGGCUUCCUUACCGGCGAGAAAACCUCGACCGAAAAGGAUGACGUCGAAUGGCUCCAACUUGACGCUCUCAUCCAAGGAUGGAUUCUCUCCAUCGUCAACGAUGAGGUAUCGGAUCUCAUCAUCUCCUCCACCACAUCCGCUGUAGAUCUAUGGAAGUCGAUUCACAACUUGUUUCACGAUAACAAGGCGGCUAGAGCAAUGCAACUAGAGCAAAAAAUUUUCAACACCGCCAAAGGAACAUCUACCAUUGCCUCGUAUUGUCAGAUGCUUCGAAACAUUGCGGAUUGGCUUGACGAUGUAGAUGCCCCGGUCACCGCGAAUCAACUGGUCCUUCAAACCCUACGUGGCCUCCAGGAGGAUCUGAGUAAUCAAGCCUCGUUUCUACAGUUUCAAAAACCCCCGCCAACAUUUAUGGAGACCCGGUCAGCCCUCCUUCUCCUAGAGGGACAGCGGCGAACUCACACAGUUGCCGCCGAGGGGAGCACGGCGCUGGCAGCAAACGGCGGAGGAGGCCCUCGCGGCCUGGGCUACGGUGGUCAUGGCGGCCAGCAUUUUGGACACAGCAGCGGCGGUAAUGGACCGCCCCAAGGGUACGGCGGACGGGGACAGGCACAUGGUGCCUGCGGUGGACGGCCGAGUCGCGGUCGUGGUCGUUGACGGAACGCUGGAGCUUCUUCCUGGCACAACACUGGGCACUUCAAUCCCUG